AUGAAAGGCGUGGGCGCAGUGGUAAGUGACGUCGAACACGGCGCGCGCUCAGCCAUGCUCCAGACAACACGAAAGACUAUGCUCGAAACCAGUGCCCUGCCCACCGGACAAGACAGGCUAGCUCGUUCUGGUCGAUACAGGUUGAUUAUUGUUGCUGUUGUUGUGGCGCUGUACCCCUCUCCGACUGGUAGCAAAACUGAGAAAUCGACCGUGUCCUCGUCCGGUAAAUCGCAUGAGUAG